UCUCCCGCAGUGUGAAGUGAAAGCAGUUGUUGCAACAUGGCGAGGGAACAGCUCUGUAAGCUAUUUGUUGGCGGGCUCAGCUUCGAAACGGUGGAGGGGAACCUGCGGAACCAUUUUGAGCAGUGGGGGAAGCUAACUGACUGUGUUGUCGUACAAGAUACGAUCACCCGGCGCCCCCGAGGCUUCGGCUUUGUCACAUAUUCUUCGCCGAGCGAGGCGGAUGCUGCAAUGGCUGCUAGGCCUCAUGUCUUAGAUGGCCGCACGGUGGAUCUGAAACGAGCUGUGCCAAGGGAAGACUCCAACAAACCUGGCUUCAACAUGAAGGUAAAGAAGAUCUUUGUUGGCGGUAUAAAAGAGAACCUUGGCGAGAAUGAUUUACAAAGCUACUUCUCAGACUAUGGUAUGAUUGAGAAAGUAGAUGUGAUCUGUGACCGAGAGACUGGCAAGAAAAGAGGCUUUGCCUUUGUGUACUUCGAUGACCAUGAUUCUGUUGAUAAAGCGGUAAUACAGAAGUACCACAUGAUUAAUGGCUACCGGUGUGAAGUCAAGAAAGGUUUGUCGAAGGAGGAGAUGCAGAGCGGAACUAGACCUCGAGGCCGAGCUGGCAACUUUAGCCAGCGAAACGGUCGGAGUAAUGGCAAUUUUGGAAACGCGGCCGGGUAUGGCGGCGGAGGCAGCUACUACAAUGAUAGAGGAAAUCGAGGCGACGUCUAUGGUGGUUAUGGUGAUGGGGGGUAUCCUCGGCGUGAUCGUUCUUUCUCGGGAGGCAGCUACGGUGAUCGAAUUCGGGAUUACGGCUUUGGGAGCUAUGGUGGAGGAGAAAGAGGAUACAAUAAUGACCAUUUCGAUGACAUGUAUGACAACUUUGGGAGUUACUCCCCUGAGCAGUCCAACUAUGGUCCCAUGAGAGGAGGGGGUGGUAUGGAGAAAUAUGCUGGACCUUACAGGGGAGAUUACGGUGUUAGUAAUAGAAGCAGAGCCAGAGAUUAUGGAGGAUAUUCCUUUUAACAUGCGCAUGAAUUUAAUAUGUAAGGGGGAGUAUUUGAUUUGUACACAAAUGGCUCAAACUAAAAGUGAAUUGUGUGUAAACUGUGUAAGGGGGACGUAUUUGAUAUGUACAUAUGUAGCUACAAAGCUACAUAAUGUAUUCAACUAAUCAAGGAUAAUUGUAUACUUUUUCACAAUAAAAAAUUGAGUUUACAGUC